AUGGAAAAUUCUGGAUAUUGUAUCGGGAGAAAAGCUAGCUAUAAAAUAUAAUCUUCUUCUUCUUCUAAAGAUCAAGCUUUCAUUAUCUUUGAGAAGAUGGGUCCCUCAUUAGACUAGCAAAUAGAUAAAUCAACAUGCUAAAAGCUUUCUACGACAGCUGUUAUGAAUAUUGGCAUUCAAUUACACCUUCAAGAAAAGAUGAUCUCAUAUCAACUCUUUACCUGCUAAUUCAUUUAAAAGAAUAAUCACUUCCAUGGUUGA